AUGAGCUCAUCAUCAAACCAUAGCCAUCACGGAAGUGGUAAAACAAGAGGCCAUACAAGAAUGCACAGCGCAACCUCUUUCAUUGACGUGAACAAGGGUUUCAACCCUCGUUCUGCUCUCACCGAAGAACAAAACGAAAUUCUAAACGAUUUCAUUAAACGAGUUGACUAUGACAGACUUGGAGAUAGAGAAAGACGGUUCUUGGACGAAGCUGCUCUUAUUCGUUUUCUCAGAGCGAGAGACUAUGAUAUAAAUAAGGCUGAAAAGCUGAUGAACACUUGUUUGGAAUGGAGAAGAUCAUUCAAACCUGAUGAAAUCACGGCAGAAGAAAUCGACUCUGAAGCGUCCUCCGGAAAGCUCUUUCAGAGAGGAUUUGAUAAGUUAAAUAGACCUAUUGUUUACAUGUUUCCAGCUAGAGAGAAUUCUACUGAUUACGAAAAAAAUAUCAAACUACUUGUUUAUACUUUAGAAAGAGCUGUUGACGCAAUGCCAGAAGGCGUUGAGCAAAUGUGUUGGAUUAUUGAUUUUAAUGGAUACUCUACACGAAAUUCUCUCCCAUUAAGCGUUGCCAAACAAACCCUCAACAUUUUGAAUGACUGCUAUCCUGAAAGAUUAGGAGCAUGUUUUAUGGUUGAUACACCAUUUAUCUUUAACAUUUUCUGGAAGGCUAUUUCUCCAUUUAUCAAUCCUGUUACAAAGAACAAGAUUCAUUUCGUGAAUGGCAAGGAUACAGAGAAGGCCAAAAUCUUUGGUAAACAUAUUGAUCUGGCUCAAAUUGAUACUGCAUGGGGAGGUACUUCCACAUUUACCUAUGACCACAAAAUAUUCUGGGGCAAUGUGAUGGAAAUUGACAAGCAUAGAAUCAAAAGGUUAGGUCUCAAUGUGUCAUCCUCUAGUACGGAACAAAUUGUUGAAGAGAAAAAGUUUGAAUCUCAUCACACCGCUUCUGAACAACAGACAAUCUAA